CGCGGGGCUCCCGCGCCCGUCACCAUGACCCAGGCCUUCUGGAGGCUCUACAAGGCCAAAGUGCUGCAGACGCUGGGGGGCGAGCGCGCCGAGGACGAGGACCCCCCGGAGCUGAUGGAAACGGCGGAGCCGCCGGCGCUGGCGGAGGAGGGGACCAGCCCUGUGUCCCAGCUGGCACGAAAGGUGCAGGGGGUGGGAGCCAAGGGCUGGCGGACGCUCUCGUCCCUCUUCGGCCGCGAGGACGAACACCAGCUGCUCGGCCCGGAGCCCUGCGCCGACCACCCGCUGGCUGCGUCGCCGGCCGAGCUGCCCCCUGCCAAGGCGCCUGGAUUCUGGGACCUCUUUGCUAGCAAGUGGCAGCCGACGUCGGCAUCGGAGGAGCCGGAGCCGGAGCCGGGUGAGAGCCCCGUGGAGCCUGUGGGUGACAGUGGCUCCGGCAGCAGCCUGCACAAGCCGGAGGAAGGCGGCUUCAGGUGGGGCUUCCUGGCCGGAAAACUUGCUGAGAUCCGGAAUAAAAACGCUCCCAAGGGCAACUAG